UCCUAACAAGAGCUAAAAGACUUGAAGAAGAGCAACGUCCUCCACAUAGAUGUGCGGGAGAGGUGGGAGAUCGACAGAGACGGAAAAAUCCCAGCGUCCAUCAACAUACCUUUGGGUGAAUUAGUGGAAGCUCUACAAAUGGACCCAACGAAGUUCAAGGAGCAGUACAAUGAAAAGAUGCCAUCCAAGUCAGACCCUGUGGUUUUCUCCUGUUUGUCAGGAAAAAGAAGUAAACAAGCACUCGGUUUUGCCACAUCCUUGGGUUUCAGCAGAGUUCAGCAAUAUGCUGGUGGCUUUGAGGAUUGGGUAAAACAUGAACCUCCAGAGAAAAAAUGA